CCUCUCCGCUGUGAAUAGCUCAGCCAAUUAAGGGCAACCAGCGUCGGUCGUGCGGUUUUCCAAGCCGGACUCAGUCACUUGGCGACGUUUGGCGCAAUCGGCAGCAGCAGCAACAUGCCCAAACUGCAGCCCACACUGGAGGUGGUUCCGGAGAAGCCAGAGACCGGAUUGGAGGCCGCGGAAUCCGAGAAGGCGACGGAGGAGAGUCAACUGGACGCGAUCAUCAUUGGGAUCGGCCAGUUCGGUCGCUUCCAGAUCUUCAACUAUCUGCUGCUCUGCCUGCCCAUCAUCUGCAACGCUUUCUACUCCAUUUCCUUCGUCUUCACAGCCGGAGAAGUGCUGCACAGAUGCCACAUCCCCCAGUGCGACAAUUUGGCUACCAGCUAUGAGGCUCCCUUCCUGAACUUCACCACUCCGCAGCGCCACGGGAGCUGGGAUCAGUGCGAGCACUACGCCGUGAGAUCGGAUCCAUCGGAUGAAGCUUCUUGCAAUGCCAGCAGUUUCGAUGCGGAUCGACGAGUUGGCUGCGAUGCGGGUUUCAAGCUGAGCAACGACGACAAUACGAUUGCCAGUGAGUUCGCCAUCUUCUGCGCUGACCAGUGGAAGCUAUCGAUGGUCGGUACAGUCAACAAUAUAGGACAGUUUGUGGGCAUACCCCUAGGGGGUUAUCUAGCCGAUCGAUAUGGACGGAAGUUGAUACUGGUGGCCGCCGGGGUGCUUAGUUCCUUUGCCGGACUCGCUCGCUCCACCGCGCCGGAGUACUACAGUUUCCUGAGCCUAGAGUUCCUGGACAUGGCCGUGGGCAGCACCCUCUUCCCCACCGCCUUCCUGCUGGCCGUGGAGCUGGUGGGUCCGCAGCACCGCGUGGUGGCCGCCACCAUGAUUAGUCUGACUUAUGGUCUGGCGGAGGCCUUGAUGGGCUACCUGGCCGACUUCCUGCGCGACUGGCGCGUUCUGCUGCGCGUGCUCUACGCUCCCGCCCUGCUGCACCUGACCUUCGUCUGUCUGCUGCCGGAAAGCGUGCGCUGGCUGCUCAGCCAGUCGAAGGAGGUGGAAGCCAAGGCCACGCUGCGUAGGGUGGCCAGGGUGAACGGCAAGGAGCUGCCGGAGCAGCAGCUGGACGAGCUGAUCCGCUCGAACCGCCGUCUGGUGGAGCAGUCCUCCGCCUCCGGCGGCCACUACAGUGUCCGACAGAUCUUCCAGGCCUUGGGUGGCCGCACCGCUCUCUGCUGCUUCGUGUGGUUCACCCACACCCUCAUCGCCCUGGGCCUGAGCCUGAACUCCACCCAGCUGAGUGGCAGCAAGUUCGAGAACUUCAGCAUGACGGGGUUCAUGCAGCUGCCGGGUAUCCUGAUGGCCACCACUCUCAUGAACUGGAUAGGACGGCGCUGGGCGCUCAGCUCCUGCCAAUUUACUUGUGCCGCCCUGCUCCUGGCAGUGGCCGCCACGGAUGAAGUGUGUCCUUUCGCCUCCUCGAUACUUUACUUCCUGGCCAAAAUGGUGUCCACGGGCAGCUUCAUGAUCCUGUACUUCUUCACCUCAGAGAUCUUUCCCACGAACUGCCGGAACAGCAUGCUCUCCUUCUGCUCCAGCGUGGGUCGCUUUGGCUCCAUGCUGGCCCCCCAAACCACUCUUCUUAUCGUACACUACCAGUAUGCCCCCCAUUUGCUCUUUGCCCUAUUCGGAUUCACCUGCUCGGGACUAGCUUUGUUCUUUCCGGAGACCACCAACAAGGUGCUGCCCACCACGCUGGCUGAAGCACGAGCUCUGGACAGGAGUAUACCCAAGGUAAAAGUCCCGAAAAGUGUCGCCUAACCGAGAACGUGGCACUAUCGCGUCGACAGUAUCGGUGAUCAGCGUAACUGGAGCGUGCGAGUUUCGAUGACCAACAAAUUUGCAAGUAAAGAUUGAGCAAUAAACAAUUUAGAAAUUUGGCAAGGCUGCUGACACCUUAAUGGUGCUCUAAGUUGGUUUGAUAUAUGAAGUUGUACAACAAGCUACAAAAUCUUUUGAAAAUUGAGCAUGUUCGAUGAACAGCAAAGCUGAUUUCUUGUUGUUUAACCUAUAGAAUUUAAGGUAAUAAAAGAGCUUAAGCCCUUUUAAAUAACCAAACAAAAUGAAGAAAUUUCAAUAAUAAUAUUACGUACGAGUCCAAACUAGUCUAAAACCGUUCAUUUCAGUUCGACUUAUGUUGCGUUUUUCUUUUCUCAGUUGAUCAUUGUAAAUAAGAAAAAGAAUAGAAAAAUAAUGAACAUGUAAAACAUGAAAAAAACUAAAUUUUUCUCUCUUAUAUGUAUGCAGUUUUUGAAAAAUGAACAUAUUUUAAAAUAUUUAAUUUAGGACCACUAACAAUGAGAUAUACAUACGGUAAAAAUAUUUUAAAAUCCCAACAUAAAAAUGAGAGCUGCAUUCAUUUCCAGUACAUUUUCAAAAAUGUUUAACACAAAAAAUAUCUUUUAUUUUUAAGAAAAUUUGAAGUUUAAAAAAUAAAUUGAAGAAAAACCAUAUUAUUGAGCCAAAGGAAUUUUUACACGAAAGGAAUAAAACUUCUAAAAGCCGAAUCUUGUGUUGUUACAUUCUAUUGAAUGACUAUACUUAGAUUUUUAUGUUUAUUUGUUUUACGACAAUGCUGCUACAUAAGUCGAUUUUUAAAUCAAUUUUUCGAUCGUUCCCAUGGAAGCUACCAUACCAUAGUAUUGUUUUCCGGUUUUACAAUUUACAAUUAAAACCGUAAGCCUGAAAUAGUAAACCAUGACUAUAACUCGAAGUUGCUGAUCAAUUUACAAAACUAUAAACAUUAUAGAAUCAAAAAUGUCUCUACACUGCGUUGCUUUUGACUAAAUUCAUUAUACAAGGUGGGCCAAUAGAAAUCAUACAAUGUUGUUUGGCUCUCAUUUUUCUCAUUUUUCUCAUUUAAUAAAAAAACUGUGAUUCAGUUUUUUGAUUAUGUCUAUUUGAAUCUUAAGAAUUUUAUUGGCCAAGUCGAGAAGAUGAUAUCGGCCAAAUGGGCGCCUUACCAUAUAUCACAAUCAAGACAUAUCAUAUUCCAUUCAUACGACGAAUAUUGUAAAAAUAACUUAAUUUAUUAUACGAUAUUUUACUGUA